AUGACCGACCUUCUCCACAUCCUCCCCUCCUUCCGUACAGCCCCCUUCGGGGCAUUGCUCCCCAUCAUCGAGCAACACGCUCUUUCGACAACAGACCUUCUGGCUCUUCACCCUGCAGAUAUAUCGAAACAAACGAACCUGCCGCUGCUAGAUCUGAAACGGCUCAUUGCCACAAUCCAAGUCUCUCUAUCAGACGAUCUCGUACCACGCCACCCCCUACAACAAAUCGUGAGCUCCGCGCCAGAACACGACCAUUCUCACCAUGAACAGCCCUCAGAAUCAAACAGCCAAGAUGCCAGUAAAUCGCCAGCCAUCCAACCCCAGAAAGGGAAUCCCUCGUCGCCUUCAUUCAUAAGCACCCUUUGCCCUCAAAUAGACGCCGCUCUCAACUCGGGCAUCCCAACCUCAUCCAUCACAGAAAUCACGGGCGAAUCCGGGGCCGGCAAGACCCAAUUCCUCCUGUCACUGUGCCUCGCCGUCCAACUCCCGCCACCCCAUGGCCUCCGCAAGCAAGCCCUCUACAUAUCUACCGAAUCAAGCCUCGCGACCAAACGCCUCUCUCAGAUCCUCGCGUCAAAUCCUCUCCUCCAGGAUAUUGACUUCGCGGACCGCCCCUCUCUGGACAACAUCCUCAGCACAGUCACUCCAGAUCUCGAAUCACAAGACCACAUCCUGGAGUACCAAGUCCCCGUGCUACUGUCAAGACACAACAUAGGCCUACUAGUGAUUGAUUCCGUGGCGGCCAACUACCGAGCCGAGUUUGAAAGGGCCGGCUCCUCAUACGGCUCUAACAUGGCCGCGCGCAGUGCCGAACUCGUCCGCCUGGGCGCGUUGCUGCGAGACUUGGCAAGGAAGCAUGGCAUCGCCGUCGUCGUAGCAAACCAGGUAUCCGAUCGCUUCUCCUCCUCGCCCGCGCCCCUGCCGCGGACCAUGUCCUACAGGACUUCUACUUCCGCGCAGGAAAGCCCCCUCGCGUCAAGAAGCAUGCCACCGCCGCCGCCGCAAUCUACCCUCGCCAGCACGCCCUCGUCCCCCUUGCCCUUCUCCUUCUCGGACGACGCGCCGCCCACACACCCUGCGUUGCGACUAGAUCACCAGCAGCGUUGGUUUACAGGCUGGGGGGACGACCCGCGCUCGUCGCAUUCCCUGAAAACACCGAGUUUGGGACUCGUCUGGUCCACGCAGAUAGGAUGCAGGAUAGCCUUGUUCAAGAGGCCCGUGUACGGACGGCCACGGCAGAUUGCGGCACCCAUAGAGGCGGAUGAUGACAAUAUUGAUAGGGGGGCUACACUAAGGAAUUGGCGGAGGUGGAUGAAGGUUGUGUUUGCGGGACAUGUUGCCGCCUCGGGUCAAGGGGUGACGGGGGCCAAGGAGUUUGAGGUAACGACUGGUGGCAUUGCAUGUGUACCAGGGAAGAAUGGAUAG